AUGGGUGAUAUUGUCAUAUUACAUAAUGCUGUUUGGGCCAUAGCUGGAUUUGGAAUUGCAGCACUUGUUGCUGCAACUAUAACUUACCAACGUCAGAGAGAAAGAGAAGAAGUGUGUGAAUGGCUCCUACUGUGAAGUUCUUUCAGCCAACUCGAUCAAUGAACCAUAUGAGCUGUUUCGACUCAAGUUGGUUCUUGGUACACAUGCAAACUUGUAGGUAGUUUAACUGAAGAUGUUUUAGUCUAUGGGGUGCUUUGGUAUGUGUCUUGGUUACCUAGCUAUGUCUAUUAGAUAGUGUGUACUUGUGGAAUAGUUUUAUUGAGUUGUAACGCGUCCAAAGCUAAUGCACUCAUAUCUGCCUUCAAGGUGAGGAUGGAACCAGUCAUUGGUCAGCAUGCAA